CCCCCUCCGCCACCACCCGCUUGUCAAAGCGAGCCUCCUCCUCCGCUUACUGUCCCCUCCCAGCGGCUCUCACUCUCUUACCACUGCAGUGGAAGCCUCGUUAACGGGGAGAGACGGCGAAGAGGCUCUGAAGCUGAUUAUAAAUCCAGGACCAGACCUCAGAGAGGCACCUCCACCUUGUUUUUCCUGUACUUUCGCCUCAAGCUCGGCGGCCUGCUGACUCUUCCUGUACCUCUUUUCCGUUCUCGUUGCCUGGAUUUCAUCAUCCGACCUGCAAGAUGGGAAAUGAAGCCAGUUACCCCCUGGAGAUGUGCUCACAUUUCGAUGCUGAUGAGAUUAAGAGGCUAGGGAAGAGGUUUAAGAAACUCGACCUAGAUAACUCGGGCUCGCUCAGCGUGGAAGAGUUCAUGUCUCUGCCCGAGCUGCAACAGAACCCGUUGGUGCAGCGAGUCAUCGACAUUUUUGACACGGAUGGGAACGGAGAGGUGGACUUCAAAGAGUUCAUCGAGGGAGUCUCACAGUUUAGUGUCAAAGGGGACAAAGAACAGAAGCUGCGAUUCGCUUUCAGGAUCUACGACAUGGACAAGGACGGCUACAUCUCCAAUGGCGAACUCUUCCAAGUACUGAAGAUGAUGGUAGGCAACAACUUGAAGGACACGCAGCUCCAGCAGAUCGUGGACAAGACCAUUAUAAAUGCAGACAAGGACGGAGACGGCAGGAUAUCGUUUGAAGAGUUCUGUGCAGUGGUUGGUGGUCUCGAUAUACACAAAAAGAUGGUGGUGGACGUGUGAACGCACCCCCCGGCUGACUCCCCCUCCUAGCCCUCGACACUCGCUUUUCUCCACAAUUUCUGAAGUUCUGCUAAAGACAUCAGGCAAAACGCUGUGUGUGUAACUCAGUGGAAGUAUUCUCUCUUUGUUUAUUUCUCUCUGUGGAGCCACGUUUUCUCUCAAACACCACGGGCCUCGUGAAGCCAACUUUGAAGUGUUAUUGAACUGUAAAUCCUCAAUAACCUGCUCGUAGCACAGUAACAGACUGAAGGGCAUCCAUUAUUAGUAAGAGCAUCUCUGGUUUUAUGGCGAGGGGGGGCAGGCGGAUGGGGUGGGGGGGUGCAGUGAAGAGGCUGGUUCGCUUGUUCAUAUUUCAUCCUUUCUUUUUCGUUAGGUGUUUAUUUUGGGUAUUUAUUUUUUGUUCUUGUCUUUUAUAAAGAAGAUAAAUAAAGUAUAUCUACAGUUUUUGUGAGAGGAAGUGUUUUGAACACAGGCUGUACAGCUAGAAGGGCAGGGUAUGAAGUGCCAACCAGAACAUAUCCACACACCACUUUAGCUUAUCUAUCAUGGUCGCAGGUUUUUUUUUGGAGAAACUGGUUUGACACUUCCAACUGCACGAUUGCGAGUCUCGUUAGAUACAAAACAAUAGUUAAAAUUUUCUCUUCAUCUCUCUUUGCGCCCGCAGUUUGAACCGACCAGUAAAGCUUCCAGCAACUCUUGGUUAACAAAGCAACACUUUUUUUCUUUUGUAAUAAAACUGCUAGUUUUAUUUAUAUUUAAGAAUGUGUUUAUGUUGUUGGAGAUUAUUCUUGUUUCCUGUCGUAAAAUUCUAGGUAGAUAAAUGAAUGCCAAGAAAAUGUCUUUACAGAUAAAGAAAAGACAAAAAAACAAAACCAAACCUGAAACCAGUGGCUUCAGACAGAAACAGUCUGCCUCUUGAAGUGUUUAGGUCCGGCAGUGUGAGCAGGACUGAAGACAAGCUCUGCUCUCGCAGUAGAAUAAAAAACCUUCUGAGGCUUUUAUUCAAUGUUACGAUGAACUUGGCAAAAAGAAUCGAGUGAGUAAUUGUGAAAAUACUCGCUGUUUGUGCAAGGCUAAAGCAGCUUAAGAGACUUACCUGCAGGCAGCAUUUUGUACCCAGUAUGUGUGUAUUAGGUCAUCAGUGUGCUCAUCUUAUCCAUCCCAUAUGAGAGGUUCUGGUUCUGCUGAAGCCCUCCUGAAUGUGUCGGCUCACUUUUCAGUGCACACACUUCAAAUCUUAACGCAUCAGCAUGGUCCUUGUGCAGUUUGGUAGAUUUAGGGGGUUUAUUUAGAGCGUGUACAUUUCAAAAGUUGGCUUCCACUCCCCCUUCUUGUUUACUCUCAGCCGUCUUAUUCAAUCCAAAUUCAACCAAUUUUGAGCUUUUUUUUUCCCAAGGACAAAAUACUUCCUACUGUAAACAGCGUUCAGAUAGACGUUGGCUUUACUUCGAAGGCCAACUGCUGGUUUUUAUAGGAAGUUUCAGUUGAAUCUGGAGUGCUAUAUUAACCCCCCACCCCCAAAGCUCUGCACGGCUUGGGCCUCCCUGUGCUUGCAUGACAUGGAAGUAUAUUAUUUUUGUUGUGCAUGUAGAUCAAUUUUUGAAAUAAAACUCGUUUACACAUGAAUGGUGAUGUUAAUAUAUUUAAGAACUUAACGGUAUACAAUAUGGAUGUUGCCAAACUUUGGUAAAUGUACACAUAUUAUGAGAGGUAACCCAAAUGAACUGAACUACAUGUAAGUUUUUGUAUUUUACCCGGGUCAGCAAGAUGCUUCGAUUCCAGUCAAAGUUGCAUAUCUGAUCCUGUCUCAAACUGCCACACACUGUACUCAGCUUAAAGGGGAAAUUUGCUGUUUUUGUUUUUUUUUUUUCUUUUUGUAUAUAAGUAUUUGUUAAUUGCAGUUCUGGCUCUCUGUUCUCUGUAUAGUUCAGACCGCUUUAGUUUGUAAGUGCUACUUUUUUCUCAGAGGGACUUGGGUUCUUUAAGUUUGUGUGGGAAUAUCUGAAAAGAUUUAAGUUUGAGAAACCUUUUUUUUCCUCCCCUUUUUCUGCAUGCUGCAUAUUAUGCUGUGGGACUGUUGGAAACUUGAUACUGUAUGAAAAUGAAAUAAAAUUUAAGUAAACUUUGAAA